UCCUUCCUUCCAUCCCUCCGUCCGUCCCUGCCUCUGCCCGCUGCCUCCUGCCCGCCCGCCAGGCGUGGGAACUCCAUGGGAGAGACGGGCGCCGGGCGAGGCGCGGGACGCGCUCUGGGCGCGCUCCUCCCGCGCCCCGCCGCCCGCCGCCUCCCCGACGGCCGCCCGCGCCCCGCCGCCCCCCUCCCCGCCGUCGGUGCCAUGAAGCGGGCGCACCCCGAGUACAGCUCGUCGGACAGCGAGGAGCUGGAUGAGGCCGUCGAGGUGGAGAAGGAGAGCGCAGACGAGAAUGGGAACCUGAGCUCGGCCGCGGGCUCCAUGUCUCCCUCCACCACCUCGCAGAUCUUGGCCAGGAAGAGGCGCCGAGGGAUCAUCGAGAAGCGCCGCCGCGACCGCAUCAACAACAGCCUGUCCGAGCUGAGGAGGCUGGUGCCCAGCGCCUUUGAGAAGCAGGGAUCAGCCAAGCUGGAAAAAGCAGAGAUUCUGCAGAUGACUGUCGAUCACCUGAAAAUGCUGCAUACAGCAGGAGGGAAAGGUUAUUUUGAUGCUCAUGCUUUGGCUAUGGACUAUCGGAGUCUAGGAUUUCGAGAGUGCCUGGCUGAAGUUGCUCGAUACCUGAGUAUCAUAGAGGGUCUGGAUGCCUCUGAUCCUCUGCGAGUUCGACUCGUGUCUCAUCUCAACAACUACGCCUCUCAACGGGAAGCAGCGAGUAGUGCACACACUGGCAUUGGACACAUUCCUUGGGGCAGUGCCUUUGGACAUCACCCUCACAUACCUCACCCGUUGCUGCUGGCUCAAAAUGGGCAUGGUAAUACCAGUACUACAGCAUCUCCCACAGAACCACAUCACCAGACCAGAAUUGCUGCCCCACAUGCUGAAACUUCCUCACUCAGAGUGCCCCCAAAUGGCAACGUCGGACCAGUGCUCCCUGUGGUCACAUCUACUACCAAACUGUCUCCUCCUCUUCUCUCCUCCAUGGCAUCUUUGUCUGCGUUCCCCUUCUCGUUUGGCUCCUUUCAUCUGCUGUCCCCCAACGUGCUGAGCCCAUCCACACCAACGCAGUCAGCAGCGCUCAGCAAACCGUACAGACCCUGGGGGACUGAGAUUGGCGCCUUCUAAGAACUGACUCUUUAGCAAGGGUGGGAAAGCCUAUAAACCUAGCUGAGCUGGGUUAUGCCACCCUUGAAGUUCUUAGUAACUGGGACAAAGGUACAGCUUCACCUUAACUGAGUUUGUCUAAAAACUGUCUCAUUGGAUUUUUCUUUUUUGUUUUCUACAUUUUUGUAUUAACAGGUUUUUGUGUUUUUUUUUUUUUUUUAAUAGUUGCUGAAGUUGUCCAAAAAUAAAAUUACGAUAGUGGUUUGUUAACACUUGUGUUAGAUGUCUGCUGAGCAUUUAAGUCACUUUUGUAAACAGUUUGUUUCAAAUGUUUCAUUUUUCCUGAGUACAUCAGACUGGCUUUUUAUGAAGAGAUACCACCUGUUAUUGUUAGCCAUGGCCUAGAUUUGUUAUUAAUUUUUUCCAAGACCAUUCUUCUCAGCAUUUACAAGUUGUGUUUUUGUUAGUAUUUUGACACUGAGAUGUUCUAUAAAGAAUUACUCUUUUUGUAAACUAUAUUUGAGUCUUAUAUUUCUGAGCAAAGCGUUGACAAAUCAGAUGGACCUGCUUGACCAGAUUAAUCUAAGAGCCCAAAUCCUCUUUCUUCUGAAGCUGUUUGGUAUAUUUGGCAAUCUUAUUCUAGUCCCUAGUAGAUUUUUACUCACUUCUUAGAACCACUACACUAUUUCUUCCACUAAAAGGAGCAGUAUGAGUGGGGAGGGUGCACAUUGCACACUGUGUUGUUGGUGGAUUUAGUUGCUGGGGAAUUUAUGGGAAUUCAAGUUGUCACCUGCCGUAAUCUCCCAGCUGGAGCAUUCAUCUUCAUUUCAUAGGGCCAGAUCCUGCUUUGAGUUACAGUGGAGUAAUAGUUCUACUAGCCUGAAUUCUUGGGUAUCCGAAGUCAGACUCUUUGGCACCUUCAAAUUUUCAGCUGAAACGGUUGAUGUUGGUAUUUAAAUAGCCAAUGAAAUGGUACAGUGGGAACCUGUUCAGUGCACAGCCUCAUUGCUUAACAGAUGCAUCCUAACCAGGUGAUGUUUCUAUUGCAUUUUAGGUGCAGUUCAGUGUCACUCCUCAUUUUGUAAGGGUUCUGCUGUGUUCUUGUGUGCCUGAGAGUGUGUGCAUGUACCUAUAUUUUGCUUGGUUUCAUGAGAAUCUUAAUCUGAACAGGUUUAUCGAAUCAGUUCCACUGGAGGGGGUUUGCUUGCUCUUGUAUCUGUGUUGUGGCUUAAUAAAGAAGAAAGAACAAAGUAUUUUAAAUGGCAUGCUUGUCUGAUAUAUAUCAGUGGAGAAUUCUAUGCCUGUGGGUGUCACAGGAGAUGUUGAACAAUUGCUACUUAGUCCUGCUGUGGGCAUUUGUAUUUACUCUCUUCUCAGAUAUUAAUGCAUGUGUAGCUAUGCUGGCUGAGCACAUGAAGAACCACAGUGCCUUGGAGUCACAGUCAAGGGAUGGAAAAUGUAGGAUUUCUUUUGCACAUCACUUUUGUGUGCCUGGCAGUGUGUGGGCAGGUAGUGAAGAUACCAGGGUUUCUGCUACAGAAGAGGUUAAAGCUGCACUGCGCUUGAAUAUUCUUAGUGACUUGUAUUAGCAUUAAAAAGUGAUCAUCUUUACAAA